AUGUCUACACAACCAGAGAUACGGCGCAAGCGCAAAUCUCUCGGCGCACCACUGACUGCUACUAAACGAACCGAGGAGAAGGAAAAUGGUCGACGCAAGGGUUCGCGGAGCAAGAGCAUCGGGCCUGGUGGGCUCGACGCAUUGCAACAAUCAUCGGGGAAUCGACGGGCGUCCCUGGCUGCGUUGCCCAAGUUUCAACCACGCUCGAUUCUCAAGCCAACAGCCCCAUUAAUCGCCGAUAUACCAGCUUAUAAAAACCAAACGGAAACCUUGAUCGAUCUCGAUUUCCGGGAGAACUUCACUGUGACAGGCGCCGAAUCACUCCACAACCCCUUCCCGGACGAGUCAGCAGGCUCAAAGAUCGCCUUACGCACUGAAGAAGAGCAGCAAGCCGCGGCGAAAGAGCGGGAAGAGCGCGAAAGGAGAGAAGCUCGCCGGAAGUCGCUCGCCAAUAGGCGCGUAUCUUUCGCAGCAGAAGCUACGCUGCACACAUUCCAUGAGAUAGAAUACCUGCAAGAUUCAACAACGUCUACAGAUUCAACACGUCGCGCUUCAUCAGUCGCUGCUCAGUCUACGCCGCAAGCCGGCUCAAGCCACACAUCCAACACCAGCGAGGAAGAAUCCUCUGAUCGCCAGAGGACCGGGCGACGCCGCAGCUCAGGCGUCCAACCUGCAUGGGACAGCACGGCUGAUGAGACUGUGGGGUCGAGCAUCUGCGACUCUGAUUCAGAAAUCGGCGAUUCUGUCGAGGAGGUAGAGGAUCAGGAAGAUAUAGACAGCUCCAGCGAUUCGGAUGAUUCAGACGAUGGAACCCUGAUGACGAUAGAUGGCGAAGAGAUGACCUCAGCCUCCGUUGCAUCAGCUGAAGACUCAACGCUAGAUGAAGCUCUUCGACUAGCGGCGCAGCAUGCUGGCACCCAAAGGCUAGGUUCUGAUGAUGUGGCCGAGGCAGAAGAGGUCAUUCCUUCAUUUGGAUGGAUUAAGAAAGACGCUAAGAAGGAGAUUCCCGAAAAUAAGAACAGCGAAGCGGAGAUUCCGGCAGCAGCCGGCGAAGCCACGACGGAAAUGGAAAUGGAUAUGGAUAUGACGCAUGCUGGUGGAGAAAUUAUUAGGCCAAUCAAUCGGGGAAUACCAGACGACAUCGUAGACAUGUCGAUGGAUGUCACCAGUGCAUUUGGGAUGAUCAUCAGCCGUGGCGUGUCGGCUCCAGGCAUUCCGUCACAGGAUUCCCCUCCUGUCGAGUCCGAAAAUCUACCCGCGAACGGAAACGCCCUGGGUUCUACCACUAGCAAAAGCUGGAUCACGACCUCUGGAGAAGAGGAUGACAGCUUCCAGGAUGAUGAAGAGAUGUCAAUGGAGCUAACUACCGUUGUGGGUGGUGUGCUUGUUAGCAAGAAGGCAGAAUCGCAAAGACGUCGGACCCUAUCUCGUCUCGACCGCACAACCAACAUCGAUGAAGCAAUGGACUUGACAACCGGAGUUGGUCGCAUCUUGUCUCAACAGCUUCCGGACAAUGCUUACGACGUUGAGGAGACCAUGGAUAUGGAUAUGGAUAUGACGAUGGCCGUUGGCAAAAUCCUACCGCCGAAACACCGCGAAACUCCCGUCGAGGACGAGUUCACCACCGACAUGGAAAUGACGACUGCGAUAGGCAAUAUUUUACGGCCUCAGCCGGAUGUGACAGCAUCCCCAAAGCAACUGAUGAAGCAGAGGGAAAAUGCCAAAAUAGUUUCUCCUGGGAAAUUACCCGCUUCUGAGUCACACAAGAAACAACAAGGUACCUCUCUGUCUGCCAGUACAAUGGAAGGAGGAAGCCCAGGUCUUUCUGUGUUCCGUGGAAAACAGAUCCGACGUAGCCUGCCCUCAAUAGUGGGAGAUGGCCCUACGCCAUCUCCGUUGACAAAGCCAACAACAUCAGACACGCCUAAGACACCUUCAAAACAAACGGUUUCCCGCACCAAGAGACCUUCUCCAUCAAAAACAAGUGCAUCGCCCAAGAAGACACCAAGGGCCGUAUCACCUCGUCGCCGGACUCCCGAGAAACAGACCACUGGACCGACUCCCAAACCAGAUAAUAUUCCUCUAUCCUCUGGGACUAAAGCAGGACCUCUUACACCUACGAUCGCUCUGACCCCUCAAACAAGGAGGUUGUCUGGGGUUGGUGCAGAUAGGACAGGCCUUGGAUCACCUCGUGUAUCCGCUCUUCUCGAUCGCAGAGCUUCCAUUGGAGAAUCAUGCGACGAUUUCGCACCUCUCGAGAUCACAGCCAAACGCAAGGUGGUCUUUGAGGAUCCCCGAAUGCUGAAGCAGGAGCUCGACAGGGAGUACGAGGAAGAUGUGAAAAAUAAGGAUGGUGAUAAGACAAAAGACGACAAGGAGGUUACACUCAACCUUAAGGAAAUGAUUGCAAGCUUAUCACCAAAAAAGAAUCCUUUACGUGGUCGCAAGAGCCUACACGUGGGCAGUGCCCGGGGUCUACUUGGCAAGCGCCCGGCGGAGCUCGAUGAUUCCGACGACGAGAAGGACGGUAUCAAGAGAUUGAAAGGUCACCAGAGUAGCCCCGUGAAAAACGUUCGAUUACAGCAGCCUCCACCCAAAGAAGAAACCACAACAGGCAGGAUGACCAGGUCCACCUCGCUGGGUCUAGAGACGGCAAAGGAUGCGUUUGCUGCCUCGCUCUCGGAGUCGAUUUGUUCCAAACCGAAGCAGAAUGGCCAUCUAAAGGGUUCGCAUGCUGACGAUGCUUCCCAAGUUUUGGGCCAGGACGACAGCGCCGCUCCAGAGAGCAAACUUGGUGGAGACGAUGCCGGUGACCGUAUCCAUCUGCAGGAGUUUCUAAACAUGAUUUCCGUGAGCUUCAUGGAACUUACUACAUCAAAGAGGAGGCAAACGCAGGCACCAGCCGCGCUUAGAGACAAUGACGACGACUUGUCUCUGGAGCGAUGCGUGGUAGCGGGCGCUUGCACCGUUCCUAUGCUCGAACUCUAUCAGCAUUCUUGUCGGGAGCUCAAGAAGUAUAUCUCCGAGGGACGUCGAAUUGUCAAGGAGAUCGAAACGGAAACAUUGCAGGAUAAUCCGCCCCUCUUUAGAGAAUACAUGUCGGCUUCUCCGGACUUCAAGCUACUUAUGGACAAUCAGUUCAAGAAUGGCAAGACGCACGCACGACUCCUGAGCAAAGCCAUGUGGUACGAAUGGCGCAUGAAACUUCAGCACGGAUUGAGAGAAGGCCUUAUAAGGAUUGACCAAGGCAUGGAAGAAGAUUCCGUAUCUUUAAAGAAACAACAACGACUUCUUAGCUCCGUCCUUCCUGGCAUGGCAUCGCACUACGAAGCCUUAGCGAAGGAGCACAAUAACUUGGAAACCUACGCCAAGGAACUUGCCGAUUGCGAUCCCGAAGAGCUCCAGUCAGCAAGGAACGAAUUUUUGCAAGUGGAAAGCGAUAUUGAAGCGAAGAAGAGGGAAAUUUUCGAGCUCCGUAGUCAACUCCAAGCAGCGGAGUCGGAGAUAGAGGAGGUUACGAGACAGAAAAAUCAAGGCUUGGAGGACAUCAAGGAGGCAGAGAGAGUGCGCGAGGAGUGCAGAGGCUGGACCGUGAAGGAGAUCAAUGUUUAUAAAGAUCGGGUUGACGCUCUCGAAAAAGAUCAUGGUUGGGCGGUCACAGGCAUUUCCAGCACGCAGGUCUCGAUGGCGUAUAAGCGCGAGAUUGAACUCGUCUUCGACGUCUCAUCUUUCAGAAGGGGGCAGGCCAACUCAAGGGUGGAUCUGUGGUACAUUGCGACGACAAAGAACUCUGAAACCCCACUCAGAACGACCGCCGAUCGGGAAUUUUUUCUCCAGCUCAUUCGAGACCGUGUGCGGGCGCUCCCGCAGAGCCGCACCAAAAUUAGCAACAUGCUCUCCAUGGUCCGUGCGGCGUGGGACAUGGCAACAACCAUCAUGGACAACAUCAACUUGAUCAACGUCACUUUCCCCACGAAAAUUAACAAGACCUCGGACACAUCCAUCGAGGUCGUAUCCUCGCUUCUUAUAACAGAAGUGGAGACGAAAGUAGAGGUUAUACUUGGUCUCACAGGUGCUGUUGCCCCUGAUGGCGUUCACCUUACCAUCGAGCCCAGCGCGAGACUUGUCUACGGGCAGAAUUUCAAUGUCGGGAAGAUCAGGGAUUAUUUGGCAUCGAGGAUAAACCAGCCUCCUAAAGUGCAGGAGCGGGCAAGCACAGAGCUAUGGAGUGAUGUUUUUAUCGCUUUACAUGGGAGGCUGUUGACGCGAGGGCGCAAGUAA